AUGGUAGAUUCCAAGGUGGCACUGUCGGACUUAGUCGACAAAAACAUCCGACCCAUAGCAAUGACGUCUAUUCCUGAAGACAGAAAAUUUCUAUUAAACAAUAGAUUCAGUUCCCAUAUACCGGUUCACGCGACGCUACCAAAUAUGCAAGAGACCGUCUACCAGCAGGUAUAUGAACUACCUCAAACUCUCCCGGGGCAACAGGAAAUAUUUCAACAGGUCCCUAACUUUCAAAAAAUAAUGCAAACGAGCAAACAGAAUACAAAAAUCAUUUUACCCUCAAAUCCAAUGCCGCCGCCAAUUCCACAAAUGCCACUGCCAAUUCCACAGAUGCCACUGCCAAUUCCACAGAUGCCACCACCGUUUCCACAAAUGCCGCCACCGAUUCCACAUAUGCCGCCGCCGAUUCCACAGUCUCAACGCAGUCCGACUCAAGUUCAUAACAACUUUUUCAUCAAAAGUAGUAGUGAUAUGAGUGGAGUACAAAAAGCUGGCGCAACCGGAAGUUCUGACGCGAGAAGUAGUUCCCAAAGUUCACCAGUUCAGAAGCAAGGAGGUCUGCGAGCUUUGUUGGAAUCAACGGGGAGUGGAUUUACAGGUGUGCCCGCUACUGGAAUGCAGGGUGGCGGAAUUGGUGUUGGUAUCGGUGGCGGUGGCGGCGGUGGUGGUGGAGCUGGAGGCGGAGUUUCUGGAAGCUUCCCCAUAGGAGGAUUUGGCGGAAAAUUUCCCGGAGUUGUACCUGGAAACGGGAUCCUUUUUGCUGGUGGUGGUGGCGGUGGAGGUGGUGGUGGAGGCGGCGGCGGUGGUAGCAAUGGUUUCACAGGAUUCCGUCGAGGUUUCGGUACUGGUGUCAGUGUUGCUGUAGGUGGUGGUGGUGGAGGUGGUGGUGGAGGUGGAGGCGGAGGCGGAGGUGGUGGCGGAGGCGGUGGAGGUGGAGGAGGUGUAACGUUUCCUAUAGGGUUUUCCGGUGGUAAACGAUGGGGAAGAAAUGGCGGAAACACUGGAUUAAUGAGAGGUGGUAAACUUAGCUUCCACAUGAACGGUUAUACUCCAAAAGGAUUUAUGUUUGGUGGUGGUGCGCAUGGAGGCACAAAUCAAUGGAACAUCGGCGGUGGCAGGGGUCGUGGAAUGUCGGAUAGGGGUGUUUAUUACCUCAAUAAUGGUAUGUACACAGGCUAUGGACGAGACAUAGGUUACGACGGAUGGCAAAGCUACAGCGGUAGAUUUGGAACUGGAGGACAUGAUAGAUUCACAGGAGGUGGCUUCGGAAUUAAUCGAGGUCCAUUUAACACCAACAUGCAACAUACUGGGUUUGGAAUAAAUAACGGUUUCCGUGGAAACCGUCAGUUUACAGGAAGGGGAAUGAAUGGCGGUUUUCCUAAUUGGUCUUCUAGUACUUCUACUGCAUUUAAUAGGGGAUCUACAACAGGAUUCCAAGGCGGCUCUGGUGGAAGGCAAACGACGGGAGGCAAACAAAGCAAUACUGGUAUAUUCAACUCAAACAAUAUCUUAACUAAUCUACUUACAUACAAAGCUCUGUCACAGAUGUUAGAUUCGGGAGCCGAAAAGGCGGAAGGUGGGUCCGGGGGCAACACCCUAAUACUUAAAGCCCUUCUGGGUGGUUCACGAGGUAGUGGCUUUGGAUCAUCUGGGAUGGGAGGUGGCGGUUCCUGGGGCUCAAGUGGUGGUAGUGGGGGUUCCGGUUCAUCCGGUUCUUGGAGUUCCGGUAUGAGCGGAAGUGGAAGUUCCGCCUUUGGAUCAAGUGGUUGGUCAUUCGGAAGAAAGCAUGGUACAUCUGGUGGUGGUGGAGGAUCGUUUUCUUCUGGAGGAUGGAAUGCAUCCGCGUAUUCAGGUGAUAAUGAUGACGACGAUCGAAAAUGA